AAAUGUUGCUUAGUAAUGAAAAUCAUUACUUAUAGCACUAUUCCAUUAUUGUCAAAGAUGUUUUCGACUUUUGCUUACUUACUUUUCUCAAUACAACCAAUUCUUAAAAUAAUGUUUUCAAACCUGAUACUUUCCUAACAAAUGUUAUAAUCACACACCAGGGUAGUGCUAUGUAUAUAUUCCCUGAACCAUACUAGAGGUAUGACAUUUCUAAAAACACAAAUACUUGAAGUGAACUUUUUUUACACUAGUUUACACUUAAGUUUUGUUAUGAAAGGAAAGUAUUUGAGUAACAAUUAACUUCACACUUGCGCUCAUCGUUAGUGAUUAACUUAUCCUCAUAAUUCUGUAUUAUAUAUGAUACUAGUCAGUGGCUUGUGGAUAACUCUAUGAGUUCGUCCAGCCUUAUUUACUACAUUUUGUGGGUCGCUACUGCAGUUACCAUUUUUUUAAAAAUCUAAAAAAAAUUAAAAAUCUUGUUUAAAAACAUUAGGUUAUUUCAGCUAAUUUGACACUAAAAUUCAUCUUUUUUGUACGUUAUUUCCUUUUCCCCAUUGUUUUCAUCCAUCUAUUACAUUUGAGUAGCUUUUGCUAAAACUAGCAGCCUCCCUGUAUUGGUAUUUUAUUUAAGAGUUAUAUUUUGUACUCUUUGUGAUUAGAAAAUAAAUAUUGUUUUUGUCUAGUCAUAUAUACCAUGCUUUAAUUUCUAUUAUAAUUUAGAAUAGAAAAACCAUAGCUAGCUAGACUAAAUGAUUGGAAGUGGCCAUGGACAAUUAUUCUUUUAUACAUUCCCAAAAUUUGGUACAAAAUAGUGGUAGUGGUAAAAACACAUCAGCAUUGAAUUUUGUGGUAUCUCAUGGCAAAACACCUGAAUAUGUCGAAGAUAAGAAAGAUGAUCGUCCUUUCCAGUGUGACACAUGUGGGAACCGGUUUCGUCAACAAUGCCAUCUUCAACAACACAUAAGGAUUCAUACAAACAACAGACCUUAUCAGUGCUCAUAUUGUGAAAAAAAAUUUAAACAGAAAAGUCAGCUUGAUCAACAUGAACGAAUACAUACUGGUGAAAAACCAUAUCAAUGUCCACUUUGUGAAAAAGCGUUUCCUCAAGCUGGUCAGUUAUAUUCACACAAGAAAACACACGGCAUUGAUCCAAAAUCUAACAGGACACCAAGGACACAAACAAGGAAACGAAAAAGCCAAGAAACUUCUGAGAAAAAGCCCAAAGUUAUAUCUCCCCCUCCGGUUGUAUAUUUAAUGGAGUCAUAUCAUCCGGCCGCUAAAGAUGUAUUAGUAACGUUAAAACCACAGUAUAAAAAUGAAAACACGUGAUAUGUAUGUAGAAAAAAUAUGAUUGAGUUGGUUUGUGAAAGCAUCAACAAUCUGAACUAUUGUGUGUUGCUUAUUUAGUUUAUUUAUCACACAUUACGACUUUUACUCAAUAAAUUUAUAAUUCAGUUUGAUUAUACUGUGUAGAUAUAUAUAUAAAUAAAUUUGAGCUUUAAUUUGUUCGAAAAAUAUGUAGCUAUAGUAGAAGACGUGUCC